GAAGGGGAAGGGAGUAUGAUUUAGGACCAAAGCUGCAAAACCCGGGGAGAGGAAAGAAGCCCUCGGACGCCGCACGCUCAGAAAGGGAGGAGGAGGGGACCCCUUCUCAUGUCUUUUAGCCCUGCAGAUGACUCAAACCUGUGGAAGCCAAAUAGAUGGAUCAAGAUGCUUUCCCCAAAAGAGACAUUCCAUCCAUUUGAGCCAGUAAUUGGAUUUGGAUCAGCCUCCACUGAAAGUCACCAGAACACCAAAGUGGAGCAGAACUUCCCAAUGAAGAAAUGGACAUGUAAUGAUUGGACAUGUAAGGAUCAAAAGACUUUUUUCAAUCCCCAGAUGGGAGAAGGGUGGAAAUUCAUUGUAAGGUUUUCUUUCUUGUUUUAUGUAUUCAUGUAAGGAUUGUAUUUGAGUGACUAUCUGCAGCAAGUCCUGAACACCUUAGAUUUCUGUCAGAUGGAAGAGAAACUUGCCCCGUGAAAGAACUCUACAAGCGCCAAGUGAUUCCUGGAGACCAAUUGAGAAUGAACAUUUUCAAAAAUGUGCCAGUGGAUUCACAGCUCUUAUCAGCUUUCAGCUCUUUUUGAAACGGUUCAGCUAAAUUUUUGCUUCCCGUGGAGUGAGAACAGUCCCAAAGCUCCUUAUAUAUCCUGUGGGGUGUGGCUCCUGCCCCACCCUUCCCUUUGAUGACGCCGCCUCUCUAAUCUUCUGAAGCACGGGUCAAUCCAAGCUUAUUAUUAUCAGCUGGGUCUGAAGGCGUAGCCUGAGGAAGGGAGGAAUCAGGGGAUGACGGCCUCAUUACGUCCUCCGACUGGCCUGGUUCUGGCUCCUGGAGCCGGGCCAAAGGAAUCGGUGCUCCCAAGUCUGAACCCUGAUGUUUUGUUUGUAACACAGAAAAGUUGGAAGAUGUCAGGAACAAUUAAAGUUUCUGAUCGUUGUCGUAGCUUGACUCCUGAGAUGACAAGUACAUCUUCUCCUGGAAGCUCUGAUGCAGAGAGUGCGUGGAAUGCUGGUAAAAACAAAGCGGUCAUACACAAGGGCCAAAAAUUCACUGUAGCUGUAGCUGUAGCUGUAGCAAUUGUAACUUUUUUCGCUGUUAUACCAUUGGCUGUUUUAAAUGCAAAACCGUGUUUGCCAUGCCUUUCCAUUGUAAGUGCUGCCUGCCCUGAUUUCUGGAUUGGAUACAGAGGAAAAUGUUUCUAUGUAUCAAAAGAAGAAAGGAAUUGGGCUCUCGGUUUAAAGACCUGCUCUUCACUUAAUGCAUCCUUGGCUGUGAUUGAUACGCAGCAGGAAUUGAUGUUCCAGGCCUCCUUUGGUUUCUGAGAGGAGCGUUGUAUCUGUCGUGUCCCACUCCUCCGCUGACGGCCGGGUCAGGGAAAUCCAAAUCAGGCGUGCCUCUGCAGCUCUGCCAAAGUCCUAGCAAAGUCCUCAAGGCAGGCAGGAGACCAGAAAGUGACUUCAGCAAGAUAUGUUAGACUUUGCCUGACUCAGAGAAUGCCAGAAAGCAGAUCCUUUAUAUAGGCCAUGGGGUGUGGCUCCAUGACUCAGCACUUAUCCAGGCCUGCCCCUCCCUUCCUUCUGUCGCCGCCGCCUAUCAAGUCUUCUGAAGCGAGGGUCACUCCAGUCUGCAGCUGUUGGUAAUUGACCUUCCUCAGACUCACAUGCUGUGGAGGAGGGGGAGGGGUCUAGUUGCUCCAUUUGCCUGGGCGUGGAGCCAGAGCUGGGGGUUGAAGGUAUUUCCUCCUCUUCAGCCUGUCUGGGCAUGGAGCCAGAGCUGGGGCCGGGAGGCAUACUAGGACAUUCCUCAGCGUUCGGAAGCAGAUAAGAAGGCCCCGGCUGCGGUGAAAGCGGACGAGACACAACAGUAUCGUCAGCAUAUUGAAGAAAGUUGAUGUGUCUUCCACCAAUCUUUAUCCUGAUCUUUGAUCGUUCAAGAUCUAGCUUCUUCAUGAUCAUUUCGGGCAUAAGGGGUAAAUGAGAAAGGGAGACAUUACUCCUGUGGAAUUGAAAUUUCUACGAUGUUCAGACCAAUUUUAUUUGCAAAGCUGUGGCCUUUGCAACAUCUUCAUGGUCAUGGUGAUUUCCAACACUCCUUGCCAGAUUCCCAUAAGCAAAAUCAAUGGGGAAGCCAAAAGGAGUUGGAAAAAUCUACCACUGCCACUUCCUUUUUGCACAUCCAUGGUCAUUCUGAUUAAUCUGUUUAGCUAAAUAACUCUUGAUUUAUUGUUGAAGUUCAUUUGCCAUUUAUUUCAUUUCAUUUGCCAUUUAUUUGCCAUCAUCUCCUUGAUGAUGAUGAUGUGACCAUCCAGCAUUGGAGUAAAAAAACAAAACAAAAAACAGUCAACCUAAAAUUUGAUGUUUUUGUCCCAUCAGACUGCACUACCUUUCUGUAAAAGGAUGAUCCAAUGAGUCACAGGGUUCUUCUGUUGUUGUUGUUGUUGUUGUUGUUAUUUCACAGCAAUGUGAAGUCACGCCAGUUCUAUCAGUGUCAUAUAUAUGUGGAUCCAAGCAGUGUGGCCUUUUGUAAUUGACAGGUGGAUAUUUUUUCAGUGUGUGGAUUUUCUAAGUGCCCUCCAAGAUUUUUGGGUAAGAUACUCAGUGUUCCAAUAGCCAUGGAGGCCAUCAUGGCUGGUUUAUGCCAUAAACUUAUUUCAGUAUUCAAUCUUUAUGCUUUCUGAUCUCCAUUUUUUUCUUCUGUUCUGCUACCUCCUGGUAUUGCCACAUAAAUUAUCCACACUUACUUUUUUUAAACCACAGUUAAAUCUAGUAUGUUGUGAGCCAAGACUUUAUCAGUGUGUAUUUGGAGAUCCCACAAUAUUUUAAUCUGCUUGUUUUCAAGUACUUAUGUUCCUACCAAAUUUUCAUUAGUGUCACACGAUAAUGUUUACACAUGUUCUAGUGAGUCAUUUGGUGACUGUGUUAUAUCAUAGUUUAUAAUCUAUUUGUGCAAUCGUCUUGCACAAGUGAGUAUAUAUGAUCCACUGUUUCUUUUGCCUCU